AUGCCUCCCAACCUCACUGGCUACUACCGCUUCGUCUCCCAGGAGAACAUGGACAAUUACCUGCGCGCUUUAGAUAUCAACGUGGUCCUGCGAAAACUGGUUUGCCUCCUGAAACCCGACAAAGAGAUCAUCCACACGGGGGAUCAUAUGGUCAUCCGCACCAUCACCUCUUUGCGAGACUAUGUGAUGGAUUUUGACAUAGGAGUCCAGUUUGAGGAAAACCUGGAGCCUGUGGACGGGCGGAAGUGCCAGACAACUGUCUCCUGGGAGGGGGAUCAGCUGGUGUGUGAGCAGCUAGGAGAGAAGAGGAACCGAGGCUGGAGGCACUGGCUGGAGGGGGACCAGCUGCAUCUGCGCAUGACUGCUGAAGAUGAGGUCUGUGUUCAGGUUUUCCAGAAAGUGAAGUGA